AUGGAGCCGGAGCUGGAGCAGGAGCUAGAGCCGCUGCGGCGCCUCGGCGGGGCCCUACGCGCGGUGCUGGCGCUUGCUGCUGCCCGGGGGCCGGCCCGCGCCCCCGCCCCGCCACCCCCCGCCUGCCCCUCGCCUCCUUCACCCUCCGCCCUCGCCCGACUGCAGGACUGCGAGAAGCUGUGCGACGGCGUGCGGGAUGCCGUCCUGGCUGCCGCUGCAGCCUACCAUGGGCUGCCCAAGGACCGAGGAACGACUCUCCGCAAGAUGGUGCGUGAUGCCACUGCCGAGGUGGUGGAGGGAAUGAUCCAGCUCACAGACGUGAUUGUUAGCACCGCUCUGCAGAGUUUGUCUCAGGAGCAGCUCAUAUCAACUGGUGGCGUGUGGGAGGCAUGCGAGCAGGUGUCCAGCCUGCCGCGAGAUAAUCAGGCCGCCGUCGUGUCAGUUGUGGCCACGUAUCUGGAUGUGGUCAAGGAUGCCCUGAAGGAGAUGGAGCAGGCUCAGGUUGGAGGAGGUGACCCCUAUGGGGACGUCAUGGAGGACGAGGAGCUGGGUUCUCGAGGCAAUAGGGAUAUCUACUGGUCCGAGGCUGACCGGAAGCUGCUCAACCCCUGCAUGGGGCUGAUGAAGGCCUCCAAAGCCUGCCUGAAGAAGGUCUUGGGUGCAGUGAAGGCUCAUGGCAAAGCAGACACACCGGAACAUGUCGCACAGCUGGACGACCUUGCAGACAUUGCCAACGAGAUCAGCCCUAGUGUGGACGAGCUGGCGCUGAGCAUGUAUCCACCCGUGAACCAGCUGGCUGUGCGCCUCAAUGCAGCUAAACUUGCUUCUGUCCUGAAGAAGAUGCUAGAAAUUGCAAGGGCAAGCCAUGCAUGCCCCCCAUCGGAGGAGGGCUGGCUGCUGUUUCUGACUGGGGCAGUAGAUCACAACAUGAACAAAAUAAAGGACUUCACACAGGGUGAACUCUGAUGCCUGUGUCCCUACAUGCUGUGGUCAGGGUCUGAGGUGGAUCUGGCCAUUCCCUGCAGCAAAGGGAGUGGGAUGAGAGUGGCGCUUGGAGUGAGGAGCUUUUCCAACUGCGAAGAACUUUGCAAAAGCAAAGGUGGCUCGCUGACGUUCUCUAGCAGCUGCCAAAGCAAAGCUUAGACUCGGGACAACGUGGAGUUGUAUGUGGAUGCUGUGAAUGGGUCUCGUCCCUGCUUGAUGUUCGGGCUAGCCGUGAAGGCAGAAAGAGCAAUAAAACAUAACUGGGUUCAUG